AUGCCUUCUCCACAGUGGAUAGCACGUAAGAGGAACCUAUUCCUGGCCUUCGAUGCAUUUGGUACGCUUUUCACGCCCAAGGCACCCAUUGAAGCUCAAUAUGGUGAGAUUGCUAAACGUCAUGGGAUCGACUGUCCCAGCGAAAAGCUGUUGAAGCAGUCGUUCAAGGCGGCUUUCAAAGAAGAAUCCACGAAACAUCCAAACUACGGGAAAGCUUUAGAUAUGGGGGCAGAGACUUGGUGGGAAAAUGUGAUCAAGAAAACCUUUCUGCCUUUUCUAAAGCAGAACCAGCAGUUACCGCAGCCACUCAUAUCUGACCUCUGGAUGCGUUUCUCAACAAAAGAAGGGUAUGUGAUGUAUCCGGACGUUUUGCCCUUCUUUGAGAUGCUCCGACAUAGCAAAGCUUUGUCGAAUUCAUCACAUUCCUGGAGGUGGGAGAAAACAGUUGUCGGAGUCAUCACCAACUCGGACGACCGAGUUCCAAGGGUUCUAGAAUCUCUUGGACUCAAGAUCGGUCCACGUAGAGCCGGUUCUUCUGCCUUACGGACAGAGAGAGGGAGCCUCGAUCACGAUAUCAGUUUCGUUGUCCUUAGCUACGAUGUGGGCUACGAAAAGCCGGAUCCACGGAUGUUCAACGCCGCCGCCGAUAUGCUGAGAGCGACUUUAUCCGAUGGCAGUGCAGAUGCUAAAACUCACUCGAUCGAUGACUUCGAUAUGUUGUACGUUGGCGAUUCAGUUGAGAAAGACCUUGUUGGCGCCGCACGUGCUGGGUGGGACUCUGUGUUUGUGGACAGGAUAGGGGCCUAUGCAAAACAUCUUGAGCAGAACCAGCCCAUUGGAAGUAUCCAUGUACGAACGAUGGAUUCAGAAGGGAACACUACGAGGAAGCAAAUCGAGGUGAUCAAAGACUUGCUUGCAUUGAGCAAUUGGCCGCCGUACUAAAUGGACAGCGACAGAAGGUG